CAAGUUUUACCGCGCGCGCGCGUUGUACAUGUAGAACUCGUUUCCAUAGAACAACUGCUUAAAGGUUCGAGCGAUACAACGCUAUGCAUCUCACUGGGCUAUCGCUCUCCUGAUGAAUAACACACAAAGCCAAUAGGAACAAACCUUUUGCAACAACCAUUUUUGAGAAGUAUCUCGCUUAUUAAGAAAUUCAGCUGCAGUGUAAACAUGGCGGAACGGAAGGGAGAGAGAGCAGGGGAUCACACAGACAAAUGUAUGGCGGCUAUGAAAGAGGAUCUUGCGGCGUGGAUGUCGAGAAUUUUGAAUUUGAUGGUCACGGCCGAGACGCUGUUAGAGGAUUUAGAGACAGGAGUGGUUUUGUGUAGACUAGCUAACACAAUCCAGAGUACGGGCGAAGAAUUUCUUGAGUAUAACAGCUCCAUACCUCGAGACACAUUUCCACCUUGCGGAGUUACUUACAAAGAAAGAACAGGCUUUCGCGGAUCAUUUCUUGCUAGGGAUAAUGUCGCGAAUUUUAUUCGCUGGUGUCGGCAAUUGGGAGUUGCAGACAUAAUUAUGUUUGAAACGGAAGAUCUCGUUCUUCAUAAAAACGAGAAGUCUGUUAUUCUAACACUCAUGGACGUGGCACGAUUGAGCGUAAAAUUUGGCCUUGAACCACCAGAUUUAGUCAGACUGGAGAAUGAAAUUGACCAAGAGAUUGAAGAGCAACCGGACGAGAUUAUGGAGGAGCCGAUGGUUCGAUUAAAGAAGAAACAUAAAUCGCACAGCCUAGACGAUCUGGUAAGUGCGUGCUAUCAUGUGUCCUAAACAUAAGAAAUAAAAUAUCAAUAGAUUAUCGCGCUUUUUUGUUGAAUGAUUCAAGCAAAAGUACACACUGCACAAGAAUUCGCGCAGCAUGGAAUAGAGUACCCCGAUGGUCGAAUUUGAGUGUAUAAACUAAACAAAAUAAAGCUUACUCUACCAUUAUUCAAAUUAGGCACGGCUGACAGUUGCAAUUUUAUUUCAAAGAGUUUUCAUUAUAAUGCAUUGUCCCUUGCUAGUACUUGUGUUUGCAUUACAAAACGAGUAACUUAACGCGUGGUUCUCGAAGAUUUUGGAGUACGAAUACAACAACAAAUAAUCCUGAUCAAAAACAGGCGAAGAAGGAAUUAGAAAACCGCAAACGUCUAUGUAUUUAUCCGAUAAAAUCCCUCUUUUUUUACUUCCUUUACUAGUAAAAAUUAUUCGUUAAAUAGCCACAUAAUUUUUAACCAAGAAUUGGUGAUUUACCAUAGAAUCGUCCGUCUCGAAAAAAGGAAAGAGAAUCGAGAAUGAAAUAAAAGUAACGAAAGUGAGCAAGAAAUCGGCAGAUUUGUUUUUAACGAUACUUAUAAUUAUUGUUCAUGUACUUUUACCCCAUUUCAGAAAAAUCUGAAUUUAUUCCGAAAUACAGUAAUUGCAUUAAUUUAUAGAUAUUCCAAAAUUUUAAGAUUACCUAAUAGUCUCGGAAUAAGCUUCGAAUAAUAACUCCUGCAGAGAAAUCCUAAAUGCUUGUAUUUUUCUUAUAAAUAGAUACGACGUGGUCUUUAUUUGGACAGCCGGUUGUGUUUUGUUGAAUUAUUGGAAUUGACCAGAAGGGCGGUGGAAUCGAUUUUAUUUUUGUGAAGAUAAAUAUAUAUAUAUAUAAUAUAGCCGCUUUCAAAGCGAUAUGUUGAAACGCUGAACGUUAGCAUUUGGCCACUACUAAACAAGAGAACUUGAACGGCAAAAAUUUUUUAGUCAAAUGAAUAUGAUUAUGAAGGAACUAUUACCCGCUAGUGAAACGGAGAAAAUGGAUCAUAGCCCAUAGAUAAAUAUUCAAUUGCAAACAAACUCUUCAGCGUCACUACUGCAUUUACUUAAUAUGAUAUAUUAAAUUGAAAAAGUGUUUCCCGUGGACAAAUUUUUUUUCUUUUCAGGGAAUUUUAGUUCACAUGGUCAAGCUAGCCGUUACACCCAGUGGGAGGAAAAUUAUGGUCACAGAUUAAAUUUCAGUUACAUGUUUUUUUUCCUUCAGUAAGCAACAUUUGUCAUAGUAUCGCGUGCCCAAUUCUUGUCUAUCGUUGUCAACCUCGUAUGUUAAUCACCAAACAUCGAGUGAUUUAUCUCCAUAAAAAUGCACCAAAUCACCAUAUUUCGAAGUACUGAGUAUUUUAUUUAUCGAGGGAAAUUUCUCGUAAAACUAAUUAAAACUUGUAUUUUCGAUUUCAUACUUUGCUCGAUUCACGAGUCAACAAAGUUGUUGGUUUUUAAUUAGUUCCUAUAUUAACUCUAAUUCACUAAGCGCAGAAAGUGUAGCAAAAUCAUUUAGAAUAAAAUAUCGCAUGAUACACGCACAAUAUCCGAGUAUUGUUUUUUGGUAAAAAACCUCGAGAGUCAGAAUUUUGAGUUUAAAACUGAAAAAACAAAAAAAUUUCUCAGAUAAGCAAGGCAUGUGUCAAAUAAAAAUACAAAUACUCUCUUUAAUUCGCUAAGGUUAAUCCUUUAAUCCUCAAUGAGUUUCGUAUUAUUUACAAAAUCAUAUUACUUAUGCGAGACAAUUUUUUUCUUUCAAGUUUUUGUAGUAGUUGUUGUUUUUUUCCUGAAGUGCUACUGAGAUAAAAUGAAAAAAGUUUCAGUUUGUAUCUAAUUAUAGUCUUCAGUUGUUAAUGUUCACACUUACAAGCUAAAACCUGCGUAAGAGAAUCUUGUAACAUGUUUAUUGUAUGAACUCUUUAAAACCAGUUUCGUCUACAAUGCUUUUCACUAAUACACUUAAAUUAAAGUGAAAAUUAUCAAUAAUUUUUCAAAGAAAAAAAAUAACAACUAACCUUUGGUGAAGGCAAUUUUUAGACUAAAAAAUGACACAAAUUUCCCUGUUUGUGAUAGCUAAAGCGAGAACAUUGCUCUUGGCAUAUUUUCAAAAAUCCAGCGCCCCCAAAAUUGCUAACAGUGAACUCCUGUACAUCUUGUCCACCGUUAAGUUCUCUUUAGCGAAAAAAAAGCAAGAACAACGACGAAUAACGUAAAACAACAUCAACAGCAAACAUAAAGUUUGCGAAUCGCAAGAUAAAGUAAAGAAUCGAUAAAGUAGGACCAACAAUCGAAGUGAUUCUUUUAAUCAUAACAUAUAUAUAAAAUCAGUGGUGAUAAGACAUUUUACACAAACUCUCGCCAUUGAUGUAAUGAAGUUGUUGCCGUCCACUUUGCUCAUAUGACAUGCACUUUAUUUCCAAAAUGUUUUUUAAUUGAAUAAUUGUUAGUUAACAACUUUAUAUUUUUUUCUUGAAAAUUGAGUGUCACGUUUUUAUCAGAAACUGAGCGAGAUCGACGAGUUUGAAAUCGUUGAUAAGGUACCAAGAAGAACGACGUGUUCAUCAAGAUGUUCUAAUAAACUAAUGGUGAUACGAAACACGCUUUUAUUCAGUUUUGUUAUUAUUGAUUUCUUUUUGUUCCAGUAAACAUAUUAGGAGAAUGAAUGUUAAGGCCUGCUUUACAUGCAAAAUUUACGUAACGAGCCGCAAAAUUUAUAAACUUGCCAAAACAAGAACUAAUUAAGCAAAAUCAAUAAAUCAAAUUAUUUAUUGUUGUGGCUUUUUUUCCUACCGCAAAGCCUUUUCUUCUGUCAGUAGGAUUGCCAAAAACUUGCAUGUGUCAAAAGGGGUGCAAUCACCAUUCUUGGUUCUACAUGGAAAAAUGGAACAGCAAACUCCCAAAACGCUCCAUUUUUCUAUCCUUGAUUUUGGGGAAAGAGGGCUCUAAAUCUUCCGUCUUUUCUGUCCAAGGCUGUGCAGUCAAACUCCGUUAAUACGGACACUGAGGGGGCGAUAGAAAGUGUCCGUAUUAAGCUGGUUGAAUUUAGAGAAAAUGUGAAGUCUUACGUUCCCCAGGGACAAGGAAAACUGUCCGCAAUAACGAGGUGUCCGCAUUUGCGGUUGUCCGUAAAGUGGCGCCCUACUGUGUUUCUUGUGUCCCACUUGCACUAGCUUCAGCCUCCUACAGACACAGAUUUUCUUAAUUUGGUUUGUCACGAAACGUCCCUAAACGUGUACAUGACGAGCCAAACGUCAAAACGAAUUCUGCAUCAGAAAAAAAGUCAUGCAAGAGACCGUGGAAAAUGUUUCAACUUACAUGCAAUACCAACGGUGUUCUUUUUCAUUUGACAGUUACUCAAAGCGACCUUGAUUCCGUGAAAUCAGCGAUCGCUCAAGCAUUUUUUUAGGUUUACGCCUACACUAACUGGUUGUUCAAUAUCCCAGUUUUCAGAUUUGUAAAGCAGGUUUUGCGUACUUUUAUUCCAGAAUAAGAUCAAUCGACGCACCCUAAAUGACGUGAGUCUUUUUUUUUGUCUAGUCCCAGUGCGUCUCGUCCUCUCUAGCAUGGCUGUUCUUUAAGGCUGUUCUGUACCACGCGGAUGACAAACUGCAAACAGCUCAUUGUUACUAAAGAGACAAUUUCAAUGAUGACUACUUAGCACGGCUAACAUCUGACCAAACCAUUUCUAAUGUUCUUUUAGUAUGAUAAGAUUUUUAAUCGCAUCUAUGUUUACAGGUUUAUCAAGUGUUGGAGCAAUGCACUUGCCCAGUAAAGUUCCCAGUCCUCCGCGUUGCGGAGGGAAAAUAUCGAAUGGGAGAAAACAAGUCGCUGAUAUUCGUCAGGGUAAGUAGAGUAAUAUUGACCUCUUUUAGUUUGUUAAAACGCAUUGUUAUAUUGUUGAUCUUUACUAUUUUUGUACAUGUUGCAGUUUUUUGUUUCUCAGGCCGCGUUUAUAUUGAGAAAAGUUUUUCCGUUAAAGAGGCUCACCCUCCCAGCAGAGUCAACUUUAGCCAACGUGAGAAAAAAAGUGGACCCCUUCGCCCGAACCAAGAGCUGACAACAGCGCUCGCACAUGCUCUGAUUGUUUUGCCUUGACCGAGUUGACCCGGCUGGGCGACCCAAAGUGUCUAUUUAUUAUGGAGAAAAAUUUUCGCGGCUAGGAGGGUGAAUCUACCAUCGAAAAAGGGUGAACGAGCGGCCUAGCCAAGGGUCACCUUUCACGUCCAGCCAACCUUUUUGUUCCUCAUGACCUGUCAGCGGUUUGCCAAGUUUUUGUAAGGAAAUGUACAAAAAGUUGGCCCGCCCGGGUAGCUCGAGUAGCCAUGUGAACCUUCUAUUCGUGACAAGUUUACUCCAUAUAAACGAAGCCUCAGACUGAUCUUUCUCUUGUUCACAUUGGCGCUUUGUUGUCAUGUAGUAAUCAAAUGUCCUUACUGAUCGUUAACUCUCUCUAGGUCAUGCGUAAGCACGUAAUGGUUAGAGUUGGUGGAGGAUGGGACACACUAGAAAGAUACUUCGAAAAACACGAUCCCUGUAAGAUGUCAGGUAAGAGAUUCUAUAGAACAACGCCUAGCUUUCUCACCUCUCCUCCGCCAGGAGUCCAUUAACUGAAAGCAACUGGCCAACUUUGUUCCCAAAAUCAAGUUUAAUGAAGGUUUUCCUUUGUUGGCUGGCGCGGAAAGGUACUCGUCCCCGCCGAUUAAAUACCAUUAAGCUCGGUAGUUUUUUUGGCCUGCGAAUACAGCCAUCACUGGGGAUGUAUUGCGAGAGAGUAGGGAGCUUAACGAGGUCUAUGAACGACAAAAAUGGUUGAGCGAGGAGAACUGGAAUGCAGGCACUAUUUGUAAAUCCUGUCAGUUGUUUUUGGGUUGAUGUUCAGUUUUAGAAACCAGUCUUUUUUGUUACAACGAGGCCUACUAAUGUCAUUAGACAAAACUAAACUCUGGUUACUAAACGAGGUUAAAUACCCUCUGCGACGCGCGACUCUGCUACCCAAUGUCUGGCUAAAUGUAAUACUGCAAUAAUGCUAGGUUUACUUAUGCAAUUUUUCCUAUCGCUUAUGAUGAAGAGAGGCAACGGAGAAACUCAGUCCGAUCUCCCAGAUCACGUAGUGGAAGCGAUGUGAUUGGUCGAUCUCCCAGUUCUAUGAGCAUUUCCAGUACAGACAGUCAUGACUCGUGUGGUACUCCUGUGGCACACGGACGCACUGCAUCCUGGUCUUCGCCCCAGUCUUCUCAGGUUUGUAGAAGCUCUCCUCUUCUUCAAAUCUCCUCUUUCUUACCCGGAAGGCCCGAUACUCAGGCUAGUUUGUAGAGGAUAGGAAUGCAAAUCGGGAGAAGGCAUUAUCUGCUUAGACCAAAAUUUAGAACACUCUCUAUUUUAAUAGUUGAACGUUUUUGUGAAGUCGAAAAGUCUUUCGAUCACAGUACAGGGACCGGCAAUACCUUCGGCAACGAUUCUUGGUCGAUAUUUGGUUUGGUGAAUAACACUGAAAAAAAAAAAUCUUAUGAAUGAAGGGAAAUAAAGUUAGCAAAAUACGCUACUAAAGAAACUGAAAGAAAAUUAUGGAAGAAACUGGAUACAAAACUAAACUAAGAGACUUUAAAACAUUUAGCCACGACUGGAUUUGUUGCUAGAACAGUAUAAAAUGAGCGGAAAUCAAGACUUGUUUGUUUCAGGUGACUGGUUAGCAUUGUUUAGUACGUAAUUUAUUCCAUUUCGUUUAAAUAUUAAUGUAACGCCGUGUCAUCUUGUCAAAGGCCCUGUGGCCCAAUGGAUAAGGCAUCUGACUACGAAUCAGGGGAUUCCAGGUUCGAGUCCUGGCAGGGUCGUUUUUUCUCACCGCUAGUUUAUUGUUUUUUUUCUUUUUUCUUUUCUUCUUUCUUUUUAUGUAUUUAGUCUUCUGUCGUCAGUGUUCAAUAAAAAUAAGUAAACCAAUUAAAAAAAAAGGGAAUGUUCUUUCUCCUUUUAGCAUUUUAAGUAGUGCAGUGAGAUUGCAGUGAGUAUUGGGAAAUGCGCAAAAUCAGUCCUCUCUCUGAGAAAAAAUGCAAAAUUAUUCUAGUCUACAUCGAAAUGGUUACCCUGCCAACCCUGCUUCCUCCUCAGGCGCGUCGUUUUCGGCAGACUAGCUCGAAACGCGAGUGACACGCGAGCGACUGCCGACGCAAGGGACCAUGGGAAGGAGAAAAAUGAGAUGCGCACAAUUUUUCAUCGAGAGAGACAGACAGACGUCUCGAUACGAGGCAGUUGCCACCCAGUGAUAAAGACCUGAUUUUUUAAUAUUUAGCUACUAGGUACGGGAUUCGCAGAUUAUAAGUAACAUGCACAAUUUAUGGCGCCAGCAUAGGCCAGCAGAUUCAUACAAAAAUCCCACGAUCCUACCUAAUCCUAACCCUGGGGACAAGGCAAUCAUGUUUUCUAGAAAAAAGGCAAAAAUCGCUAAAUCCAUCCCGUAAAUAGGGACUCAAUAGACUAGGAGUAGUUCCUUCAUCAUUUUCCAGGGAGUAGAGCGAAUGCGUGCGCGCGUGAAAAUCACUAACUGCGAGGAACAUAGUGCGCGCGUGUUACCUUCGCCUUGAGAAAAGCUGGUGGCCUUACCGUAGUCUCUGCCAUAGAUAAAUGAAUGAAACAGCCGAACAUUCAUGAAUUAAACUCAACAGUGAAAAAUUGAUCAAUAUACACAAUUACAACAUCAAAAAAUGAAGAAAAUCGCGACCUGACAGCUUUCUCAAUAUUUUGUGUGGUUAUUCUGUCCUUCCUCGUAGGAUGUAAUAUAAAUUUUUUUGUUAGACAGUGGCAAUUUAUAGUGUGAAGCUUCCCGUUACAAUCUUGGAACGCUUCCCAAUAUUGUAGUUGCACUAUUAGCCCCUCCGGUGGGGGGGGGGGGAGGGGGCUUAUUUAUUUCAAACAUGUUUGAGGAGGGGUUAUUAGAGAAGGGGGGGGGACUUAUUUAAUUUAGAGAAGAUGGUAGUAUCAGCUCUCCACAAUAAGCUAGAACGCAAAUUGAAAAAGCUCAAGUACAAAAAGUUGGAGGUCAUGCAGCCGACGAUCAAAAACAAAUCCGAACUUCCAAUAAACCAUCGUGGAUCUGUCCAAAUACAGUUUUACAGUAAUUAUUGAUUUAUAUAGUCUAUCAUUUAUUAGUGAAGAUUAAUAAGGUUGAGGGGAGGAGGGGCUUAAAAUAGAGAGGGGGCUUAUUAACUUUCUUCUUCUAAAAAGGGAGGCUUAUUAGAGAGGGGGACAUUAUUUGAGAGACGUGGCUUAAUAGACCAUUUACGAUAAGCAGUGCCAAAUGGACGUCGACCACGGCUUUAACCUCUACUUUUUCCUGAAUUUAAGUCUAAAACAGUUGUAAAUUUGGCAUGGAAAAAAGCACAAGGGCCUACUUUGUAAUUUUUUGUAAAGACGUUUCAUUUAUCCUCAGCUUAAGAGUCCACGAGACCCUGUGAGAAGACGGAUGACAAGUGUUUCCCCUUCAAGGAGCUCUUCACCCUCCUCUCCGCGCUUACAGCAGCGGCAAAGAAGGGGUACCUUGACACGUGACACCCCACCCAGAACUAUUGACACACAGGCCCGCGGUAGGCUGUCACGUAAGAGCAAAAGCAUGCAGGAAUUGAGCAGCGUCGUUGUAGAUGGUCGCAGACCGUCCUAUUCCAAUCCUACUACUUCAUCUAUGCGGAAACAAAGUGUGACCGGUGAGAACUCUCAAAGGGAGGGAACAUCCACGAGCAACGGUAACCCUGGACAAGCCCGAAGGAAAAGUUCAGUAACCAGCCCCAGAAAGUUGUCAGGUAAUCUGGGACCACAAGGCGAUUCUCCAGCUGGUAGGAAUCGUUUGAGUUUAAGUGGACCCGUAGGUUCUCCAAGGUCGGGACCCGUGCAGGUUACAAGAAGCGCAUCCUUUGGGGCCCGGCCCCGUCCGAUGACGCCCGUAAUGGAACCUCGCGCAAAAUCAACGAUGUCUUCGCGACCCACAAGGGACAUGCAGAGGAGGGCGUCCUCAGCCAUGGCUGGGAGAGUUGACUCUUCAGGUAAGUAAUUUUUUGAGGUAUCAUCAAUUUAAGUGGGUGAUUAGAUCUAAACGCAUCUUUAGUGUGACAUUCACAAGACCUUGGAUCGUUGAUGUUACAAGAAUACAAAACUAAAGCCCAGUUCAACGCGAGCGUAUUUACAAAUUGUGAAUCUCACAAUAUUACUUGAAAAAAAAAAAAGAAAAGAAAAGAAAAGAAAGGAAAUAGUUUUCAAUAGAUACCGUUUGCCAACCUCGUGUUUGCGAUGGAUUUGCAAUUGAGCCGUGCUCGACUCCAAAGCUAUUCUCCUUUUUUAGGGCUUUAUAUACACUUUUAAGAUCUGUGAAUUGCCUUCAUCCACAGAAGAUGCACGACGCGGGGGGCCAAUUGCCAAACGAAGGUCAUCCUCCGCUACCCCCGACGGGAAAUCACGGGUUCCUGGUUCAAGGAAACCCGCGCAAAACUCAACGGAAGUCAAGCAGGAGAGAAGUAGAAAGCCCAGCGUGUCCAAAACCCCUAGUCCUCAACCGAAAACAACACAGCCGGUAGCAGAUAGGAAAAUUUCAACAGAAUCCGCCCGCGGACGUAGAUCGCUACCUUCGACACCAAGAGAACGAAAAUCUUCGGCUUCACAGCAAAAUGACCAACCAAAACACCCAGCUAAAGCCAUUGCAGUUGAAAGCAAGGCGAGAGGGUGUAAAACACCUCCAUCAUCACGCCGCGAUAAUAAGCUUGUAAAUCAGAAUAAGGAGCCAGGGAGUAAGAUGAUGAAUGGCAAAAACACCGCGGGUGAAAAAAGAACCAAGAAAAGUUCUCAGACCAACCAUGGGGAAGAAGGUAUAAACGACUCAGAAAAAAGUACGCAUGGCAUGGUGAGUUUGCCCACAGCACUUGAGGAUAACCCGGAGGUUACCCUUAAUGUACAGUCGGUUGACCAGUCCAUUGAUUCAAGUGACCAGUUAGACGAAGUAGGCGGUGAUUAUAACGAGGACGUAUUUUCACCGAACGAAACAUACUCUCAAACGUUCGCAUUGAACGGUGGGGCUAAAACGUCGGAAUGUUCGUUAGAAACAGACAGUGACUUCACUAGUGAUCGUCUGAGUGACUUUACAGACACUGACAACGAUUUUAGAAAUCAGCGGUAUUCUGGUCUCUCAGAAACGUCUAGUGAUUUUUCAUUCGGCACAAGUCCUGCCUGGAGGCUAUUUCACUCGGUUGAAAAUGUUCGCAAUAAUCCACUAGAGUCGAGUGGUGAACCAGAUGUCCUGGAACUAGGGACCUCUCCAACGGUCAAGGACUGCCUGGUGAAUUUGAAUCUGCAAGGGUCUGUAACUCCCACAAUGAAAAGGCGUAUAUUUGAGGCCGCUCAUCAAAUUGACCCGAAAGAAGAGUCCCCAGAUUUGUCAAAACAGACUGUAUCAGAUCCAGCGAAUAAAGCUAUGUUCUUUGAUGUCGAAAAGUAUAACGACAGAAGCCCGGAUGAAGAGGAAGUUAUCGUUGGCUCGCCCCGUAAAUUGUCUCUUGUCCAGUCUCUUAUCAACUCCAUCGAGAGACGGAGCGGAAGUAGCAGUCAUGCGCAUACUACACCUUACAAAAAUGCUGCAGUUGGUACCAGACCUACUUCUGGAGCCACCAGUAAGCAUAGUAUAGAUGAAUCAGCCGUCACUCUAAGGGCCUUAGUAAGCAAUCACGAGACACCAUGCGCCAGAGACCCAAAGGUAAAUUCUAUUUUGUUGAUUUUUUAAAAGUUAUAAAGGAAUUACAAUAUCCCCUUGACGUAAAAAAGGGGUUUUGAUGUAAGUUUAGCAAUGUACCCAAGAAAGCCACAGCCAAAUAGCAAUGAUAAAAAUGCAUUCCCUUCUUCGAGAAAAGGUCUGCAAUACUACUCAAAUUUUGUUGAGAUACUAGACGAAAGCAGACCAUUUCUCCAACGACUUAUCUAUCUCAGCUUUCUCUGUGUGUACUCCUCUCUUUUCCCCUCAUGUUGAUGUCUUGCGACUUUUUUUGAAAAUGGAAAAUACGUGAAUGAACAUUGCAGAUGGCGUAACGUAACACGUGUUUUAACAAAUGAGAUCAACCCGACUACUGUAGUUUUAAAUAUGUCGUCAUCUUAAGGUUGUCUUCACCAAAUGAAGGCAAAUACCAAACCACAUGUUUAAAUUGAAAUUUACAGGAGAGUCCUACUACAGAGAGCAUAGAGAACGGAACUGAACAGCGUUUCUGCACCUCGGAGGAGGGCACAGUGUCACGUGAACACCACAUAGGAUACGACGUCAACAAAAACCUCAUGAACUCAGUUCCAAGCCUCCGAGAGAGCCCGAAACUCCAGCAGAUUCCCGGAGAGAAACCACCCGAGGGUUACGAGAGCAAAACAAGAAAAAUGUCCCGCGAGAAAACCAGACGAAAGGAAAAAGAACUGGACAUUUUUCCACGACCUCAACGUCAGUUUACACUGGAGGAAAUGAUACAAGAUAUGAUGCCCACAAAUGGUGAGUCUAAGGAGACUGAAGACCAGCGAACUUUGUCGCCUGAACCUCGUUUUCAAGCUUGGCUAUGA